AUGACCGACCAGGAGCAGAGCUCCACGGGCGGGCGGGCAUCGCUGUCUGAUUUUGCCACACCCCGGGCCGGUGAGAUCCGACUGGCUUCUCCGGAUGUUACGCCGAAGUCCUGCGAGUCGCGGCGGACAGAUCCUUUGGACUCUGGCGCUGGCUCGCCAGAAGCGACAGAAGGCAAUGAGUUCUGCAUCGUCUCAGCUGAUGAUCGGACGCUCGAUACCGAGUUCGACGGCGACUGCGCAAGCGAGGCGCUGGAGAUCGCAUCACCGGAGCCUGAGCUGCAGGAGACCCCGCUUCACUUUCACAGCCGUCUUGAUGGCCGAGACCAUACCGGGCAGCUGAUUCGCAAUGUCGAACUGCUGGGGCGGCGCUAUUUGGUGGUUCGAACAGAGCCUACGAAAGAGGACCUGCAGCAAGGCAUGAGAUCCAUCAUCCACGUCUUCGGCCUAGGCUUUUUGAAUGCCAGCAACGACGAUGUCGUGAUUCUGGACAGGCCGUGUGAGGAGACGGCAGAGAGCAGCAGCGACAGUGAGGGAGAAGCUCCGGAGCCCGAGAAGGCCAGCAAGACUGGAGCAGGUGGCACUGUCGAGGAGCCAGGUAUCUUCGUCCUGGACUCGACUCGCUUCCGCCAGAGGGAACUGCUCGGAAGCGGGGGCUUCGCAGACGUCUACAGGUAUGAGAAGCUGGACGCAGAGGGUGCCACAGAAUCCUUCGCAGUGAAGGAAGUCGAUCUACAGAUUCUGUCGUCCCGCGUUGGGGCCGACCAAGAGAGGCUGGUGCGCUGGGUGGCCCGCUUGGAGUUUGAGGUCCGCAACCUGAUGAAACUUCGUGGCCACCCGGGGGUCGUGAAGGUCCAUGAUGCCUUCGCCUUCCGCAGAAAGUUCUACAUAGUGAUGGAGUAUGUCAACGGCACAGACCUGGGCAGACGACUCAAGGGUCGCGGCCGCUUCACAGAACUUGAAGCGCGUGGUCUGUUCGCUCAGAUGGCCGAGGCCUUGCGGCACAGCCAUGCCUUGGACGUGGUGCACCGGGACUUCAAGCCACACAACAUCCUUUUGGCAAGCCCUCUGCGGCCCGGACAGCCCGAUGUUGUGAAAUUGGUCGACUUUGGCCUCAGCAAGGACAUCAGUGGCUGUGCAUCUGGAACAUCCACGCCGUUCUUGGGAACCAAAUACUACAGGGCUCCGGAGACUCGCCAUGCGACGCCGGGCCAGGAGAACUAUGAUGCUGCCAAGGUGGAUGUGUACGCGCUGGGAGUUACCCUGUAUGCGAUGCUGGCCGGUACACACCCACAAGAAGGAGACGAGGUCACGGAGCUGAUGCUUCGCGGCGCGGCGUGGCAGCGAGUCAGCCCUGAGGCCAAAGAUCUCUUGCUGGGCUUGCUGAAGCACGAACCGGAGCAUCGCCUCAGUUUGGACGAUGUCAUCGAGCACCCGUGGCUUUGUGCCCUGUGGGCCACGGGUGCCGAAGAGGACGGUGAGCAGGAUGCAACGCCCGAGGCGCCAGAGGCUGAUGGAGGGGAAGAAGAACCAGCGCUUUUGGGGCCAAACUUUCUUGCUGCCUUCCCGGAAGCGCCGGCGACAUCUUCAGCAGCCCGCAUCCCUGCGGAAGGCGGGAGCAGCCACGGAAGCCCGGUCGUUCAAUCUGCCAGUGCACCUGGCUGGGAGAAUGUCUUGAGCUGGUUGCACGCUGAUGCAGCAUCGGCGCAAGCGCAGCAAGUCCUCUUUCACGCCGGGAAGGCCGCCGCUCCCUCCGUGGCCUUCGGCCGAGCACCACUGGGCCCCGGCCCAGGCAGGGCGGGGCUGCGAAGUGCAGCUGGCCAGCCGCCGCAGCCCGCGGAGUCUGCUGCGGCAGAGGCAAAUUCCCUUGCGACAUCCCUCAGCGGGCUACAGCAAGCUGAUGAUUCCACGGCUGAUGGCCCCCCACCGGACGAGGAGAAACCUGCGCCGGACGACAGAACAUCGGCUCCAGCUCGUAUCAAGUGGGUUUCUUGCGCACCACGCUUCGCAUCUGUGUGGCGGUAUUCUCAGGCGGCUGCCGACUCGCCGGCGCCUUCGCCUUCACCUGCACCCUCUCCGGGACCAUCUUUGCCAUCACCAUCCCCUUCGCCGCCGAUUCGUGCCACGGAAGAUUCAUCACGCGAUUUGACGAGCGACGGUUUGGAAACACGCCAACCUGCUCAACGUCACCCAUCGGUCAUCGGGUUUGUUCAGGCCCCCAGGUUGUUGGCAGUGGAUGGUGCCAUGGUCACCAUCACUCGGGCACAAAGAGGGUCACGCCAGAGGCCCUGGGGUUUCGUUUCUGAGACGUGUAGGAAAUUUGGCUUUGCCAGCCGGGAGGAGGCCAUGCUGGCCGCAGAGGAAGCUUUGCUUGGGCAAGCGGCCACAGGCUGA